CGCACCCUGAAGAAAGACAGAAGCAACAAGAGCUCGCUGCAUCCCCUAGCAGCCUGCUUGAUCUCUCCUCCUUCUUCUCCUUCUCCUCCUUCUGUCUCUGCACUCCAUCUCCUCCACAAUCUCUCGCUUGCAGUUCAUUCUACUCCUGUUCUUGCCCCGGCAUUCUCCGUCUCUUGCCCGGCCUUGCGCAUCACCAGCUUUGGAAAUCAUCCCGUCUCGCAUCCACAGGAUAAUAUUAAGGCAUGGCUGACGGUGAGGAUGUUCAACCUUUGGUGUGCGACAAUGGAUCAGGAAUGGUCAAGGCUGGUUUCGCUGGAGACGAUGCUCCCCGCGCUGUUUUCCCCAGCAUUGUUGGGCGCCCCAGGCACACUGGAGUGAUGGUCGGUAUGGGACAGAAGGACGCGUAUGUGGGCGACGAGGCGCAAUCGAAGAGGGGCAUCCUGACUCUGAAGUACCCCAUCGAGCACGGUGUGGUGACGAACUGGGAUGACAUGGAGAAGAUCUGGCACCACACGUUCUACAACGAGCUGCGUGUGGCACCAGAGGAGCACCCGGUGCUGCUGACGGAGGCUCCGCUGAACCCGAAGGCGAACAGGGAGAAGAUGACGCAGAUCAUGUUCGAGACGUUCAACGUGCCGGCGAUGUACGUGGCCAUUCAGGCAGUGCUGUCACUAUAUGCCAGUGGACGAACGACCGGUAUCGUGCUGGACAGUGGAGAUGGUGUGACCCACACGGUGCCAAUCUACGAGGGUUACGCACUGCCUCACGCCAUAUUGCGAUUAGACUUGGCGGGUCGUGAUUUGACGGACGCCCUGAUGAAAAUUCUGACGGAGCGUGGUUACUCGUUUACGACGACCGCGGAGCGCGAGAUUGUGCGGGACAUGAAGGAGAAGCUGGCGUACGUGGCGAUCGAUUUCGAGCAGGAGCUGGACACAGCACGGAGCAGCUCGUCGCUGGAGAAGAGCUACGAGUUGCCGGACGGGCAGGUGAUCACGAUCGGGGCGGAGCGGUUCAGGUGUCCGGAGGUGUUGUUCAACCCGUCGUUGAUCGGGAUGGAAGCAGCGGGAAUUCACGAGACGACAUACAACUCGAUCAUGAAGUGCGAUGUGGAUAUCCGAAAGGACUUGUACGGGAACAUCGUGUUGUCGGGAGGGUCGACGAUGUUCCCAGGGAUUGCGGAUCGCAUGAGCAAGGAGAUCACAGCAUUGGCACCAUCGAGCAUGAAGAUAAAGGUGGUGGCGCCGCCAGAGAGGAAGUACAGUGUAUGGAUAGGAGGGUCUAUUUUGGCAUCUCUCAGUACCUUCCAACAGAUGUGGAUCGCGAAGUCGGAGUACGACGAAUCCGGCCCAUCAAUUGUGCAUCGGAAAUGCUUUUAGACGCGUGGUGAUGGAGUCUUUUUUUAUCACCGUGCAGCUCUUUAUGGACAGUACGUGCGCUGAGUUUGAUCAGAGGAUGGCAUUGUCGGAGAAAUAGCUAGUCAGUAAGAAAUAGUCUGAUGAGAAUUGUUUGCGUGAAAUGUUUUGAACACUGGAUUGGUGAGCAUCGCUGUAUGAGGCUUCUUCUUGGGCAGCUUAUCUUAACAGGUUUCGCUCAAUGUGGUGCAUGUCCGUAGCAUUGGCCAAGAUUUAGUUUGGGUUAGUUCUUUUUGUAGAGUCAAGGGUACUAUAUAGGACACGAUAAUGCUCGCAUACGGCAUGGAACUUCUGAGUGUGUUCCAACUCUUCAAUCGUACCUACAAUAUGUGUAUAUUCGUGACCAGAAAGGUGUAUUCGUCAGCAUAA